AUGGUUGGGAAGCCGAAGUCGUGUUCGGCAUGUCGUCAGGCCAAGACAGCCUGUGAUGCUCGGAGCACUACCCCUAAUCCAUGCUCAAGGUGCAAAGAGAAGCAACUAUCUUGUCGCUUUGACAAGAAUUUCAAGAGGGUAUCGCAACGGCAGAUUGCCCGGAACAUUGCCAACAGAGUACACAUACUCCGCGACCUGCUGAAUGGACGCAGUGAUGAGGAUCGUGUAGCGUCAAUACAGGCUAGUGCUACAGAGCCGACGUCCGUCAUAUCAACAAGUGAAAGGGGCUCGGAGUUCCAAUUAGGGACCUUCGCCGUGUCUUCAACAGUAGUACAUGAUUUGUUCCAACAUUUCCAACGUUAUUAUUCUAUCCACGCCCCCUUCUUGCAACCUAUAGCGUCACUAGAUCGAUUGGCUCUAGAUUCUACACUGUUAUUCUAG